AUGCCACGUGAAGCUGAGAUAUCGCUCAAUGAGCGCGAGUUUAUAAAGCAAGCAUUACGAGAGCAGAUACGGCUUGACAAGCGCGCGUUCGAUGCGUUCCGCCCGGUAGAGCUCACAUUCGGCGACGAGUAUGGCGUCGCAGAUGUACAAUUGGGCAAAACGAGAGUCAUUGCGCGGAUAUCAGUAGAUGUGACAACUCCACUGCCCGAGCGCAAGUUUGAUGGCAUCUUCCAAAUCGUCUCCGAGUUCUCGCCCAUGGCCUCUCCUGCCUUUGAGAUUGGCCGGCCCACAGACGCCGAAGUCAUCCUCUCGCGCAUACUUGAGAAAGCCAUCCGACGCUCCAAUGCCCUCGAUACCGAAUCGCUAUGCAUCAUCGCCGGUUUGAAAUGCUUUGCUCUUCGCGCCGAUGUACAUGUGAUCGACCAUGAUGGCGGUUUGAUCGACGCCUCCUGUAUAGCCGUCAUGGCUGCUCUACAACAUUUUCGAAGACCAGAUGUGGUUGUGGAAGGAGAGAAGGCGACUGUUCUCAGCGUUCGCGAACGAGACCCCAUACCUUUGUCUAUUCUGCACCAGCCACUUUGCGUAACAUUCUCUUAUUUUGAGGAUGAGAUCUUUCUGGUCGACGCAAAUCUGGCAGAAGAACGGGUUCGGCAGGGCGAGGUCAUUCUUACCAUGAACAAGCAUGGUGAGCUAUGUCAGAUAGCCAAAUAUGGUGGAGCGACCAUCAAUCCGCUGGCACUCUUGAACUGCACCAGCAUAGCGCUGCAGAAGGUUGCAGAAUUGAGCGCCUUGAUACAGAAGAGGCUCGAGGAGGAUGCGAAAAAGCGGGAUGCUGGAGGAUUACUCGCUGAACUCAGCGCCGAAAAUGCCAGAUGA